AUCUCUCAAAUAUAUUUAUAAAAGCUUUCUCCUUUAUUUUUCUUUCCUUUACGUACUGUUGUACCAUACAAUCUCUUCUCGUCACUGAAAAAUCUGAUCGAACAAGAGCCCGACUAUCCAGACGUGUUGAUCUCACUCUCUGUGUCAUCUUCUUCAACAAUUUCCACAACCGUUUGCAUAAAGUUUCCAGCUUUGGAGAAGAGCAACUGCUCAAGGGACCAGUUUGAAACUGCAACUUGAAACGUUCAAGUUCAUCGUUUUCAUCGUCUGUACUCACGGAUUUCAGGUUUCAGUUAAGAUUGUCAUGCUGAAUGUUGCUACCGGGUGGUGGAUUAGGGAUGAAUUCCAUGAUGGAUGAUAUGAAUUUGAUUCAGCAGGCACAGAGGCACCACUUGGUGGUUCGGGAGCUUGGAGAAGAGAUUGAUUUAGAAAUUGGACCUGGGGAUGAUGAUCCUGCAUUUGCUAACACCCCCCUCAUUGGUGGUCCGCCACGAGAACCUUCUGCUGAGGAUCAUGAUGAAAGCAAGAAUAUGGUAAUGGUUUCUCAAAUCCCUAGCGAUGACCAAGAUAUGUCAAAGGGACAACCAGUAAAAAGGAAGAAAAAGGUUGUGAAAAGAUGGAGAGAGGAAUGGGCAGAUACCUACAAAUGGGCUUAUGUUGAUGUCAAGGAAGGGACGGCUAGGAUUUUUUGCUCUGUGUGUAGGGAGUAUGGCCGGAAGCAUAGAAGAAACCCGUAUGGAAAUGAGGGUAGCCGAAAUAUGCAGAUGAGUGCACUCGAGGAACACAACAAUAGUUUGCUUCACAAAGAGGCACUUCGCCUUCAAAUGGCUUCCAAGGAUAAGAUCGUUGCUGACAAACCCAUUUAUGUCAAAGCUCUUAUGUCAAAAACGGCUGGAUCAAUCGUUGAAGCUGCGCUGAAAAGGGAUCCUCAUGAGGUUGAGUUCAUACAAUCACUGCAAAAAAAUUCUCAUUAUGUAAGCAUCAUGGAGCGCUUGUUAGAACCUGAGCGUAUGAUUGUUUUCCGAGUUCCAUGGGUGGAUGAUAGAGGUGAGACAAACGUUAACCGAGGCUUUCGUGUACAGUUUAACCAGGCCUUGGGUCCAUGUAGGGGUGGUUUCCGGUUUCAUCCUUCUAUGACCUUGAGCAUUACCAAGUUUCUUGGAUUUGAACAGACUUUAAAGAAUGCCUUGUCACCAUACAAGAUCGGAGGGGCAGCGGGCGGUAGUGAUUUUGAUCCAAAGGGAAAAAGUGAUAAUGAGGUUAUGCGUUUUUGCCAAAGUUUUAUGAAUGAGAUGUAUCGCUAUUUGGGUAUUGACAAGGACCUUCCUUCAGAGGAGAUGGGUGUUGGUACUCGGGAGAUGGGAUAUCUCUUCGGACAAUAUAGACGUCUAGCUGGUCACUUUCAGGGAAGUUUUACAGGGCCAAGGAUAUUUUGGUCUGGUUCUAGCCUUCGAACUGAAGCGACUGGAUAUGGGCUGGUUUUCUUUGCACAGCUCCUACUUGCAGACCUGAAUAAAGAUUUCAAAGGAUUAAGGUGUGUUGUGAGUGGCUCAGGAAAGAUUGCUUUGCAUGUCCUGGAGAAGCUUAUUGCAUAUGGUGCUCUUCCCAUUACAGUUUCUGAUUCAAAGGGUUAUCUGGUGGAUGAGGAAGGAUUUGAUUAUAUGAAAAUCUCAUUUUUGAGAGAGAUCAAAGCGCAAAAUAGAAGUUUGAGAGAUUAUUCAAAGACUUAUGCUCGAUCUAAGUAUUAUGAUGAAGCGAAACCUUGGACUGAAAGGUGUGAUGUUGCAUUUCCUUGUGCUACACAGAAUGAAAUUGAUCAGUCUGACGCCAUUAGUCUGGUUAAUUCAGGUUGUCGUAUACUAGUAGAAGGUUCAAACAUGCCCUGUACACCUGAUGCUGUUGAUAUUCUGAGAAAAGCUAAUGUUCUAAUUGCUCCUGCAGUGGCUGCUGGCGCUGGUGGAGUGGUGGCUGGAGAAUUUGAAUUGAACCACGAGUGUAAUUCAGUGAACUGGUCCCCCGAGGACUUUGAAUCUAAAUUACAGGAAGCAAUGAAACAGACUUAUCAGAGAAGCCUCAAAGCCGCAGCUGAUUUUGGUUACCAGAAAGAAAGUCCUGAGGCUUUGGUACACGGAGCCAUCAUUUCUGCUUUUCUGACUCUUGCUCAAGCCAUGACCGAUCAAGGAUGUGUAUAGAACUGAAGAAAAUUGUACAAUUAUUUGCAUGUUCCUCAAAAGCUGAUCAGUGUCAUCAACGAUGAACGAUUUUUGGAGACAUGCAUGCGGUUCUCCGUUGCAAGUUGUUGAUCUUUACUAGCUUUCCCAUGUUGAUUUCAAGAUCAAGGUGGUGUUUGAGAUAUAGCAGAUUCCGUUGUAACAUAAUAUGUAAUGUUGUAAUAGCCCUGACAUGGAAAAGGGAUAAGGAUAAAUUAUAAUAGGCAGAGCGCAAGUGAAAAUUGUGUAGUAGCUCAGUGGUAGGAUAGGAAGGGCCUCAAUGUGCAGAGCAGGGAGCUCUUCAUAAAGUACUCGUUUGCCUGGUGGAAUAUUUUGGAUAGUGACUGAGAUUGGAAAUAAAUUCUAAUAAUAUGUUAAAAUUUUCUAUUAUUUAGGUUUCCGACCAAUGAGAACGGCAGUAUUAAUUUCAUGUUUUUUCUUCU